GCGCAGGACGUACGCUGUUUUAAUUCUUCCUGGAGUUGUGAGCAGCCAUGAAGAUGACAGAGGAAAACAGCUCUGAAAAGUCUGAAAUAUCCAUGAAGGACGUUACAAACCUCGUCAAAAAGAAAGAUGACAUCGAAGAGCAAAUAAAGGCGUAUUACGACGUUUUGGAGGACCAGGGUGUCGGGGUUGAAGGUCCUCUGGUUGACGAAGAGGGCUUCCCAAGAGCAGAUGUUAAUUUAUACCAGAUCAGAGCAGCGAGACACGAUAUUUCAUGCCUGCAGAAUGAUCACAAGGCCAUCAUGGUAGAGAUCGAAGAAGCUCUGCACAAACUGCACGCUCGAGAGAAAGCAAAGCGGGAGCAGGACGAGGCUGGAGCUCGGGGCGACGCCAUGGAGCUUCAGGUCACUCUUCCUCCUCCGUUUGCUCGGGUGGAUGCUGUGACCCAAGGCUCCCCUGCCUGUGGAGCUGGGCUCAGGGUCGGCGAUGAAGUCAUCGAGUUUGGGUCGGUGAACACGGGGAACUUCCAGAACCUGCAGAACAUCGCAUCCGUGGUACAGCACAGUGAAGGGAAGCCGUUACGCGUCUCAGUCAUCCGGGCUGGCCAGAAAGCUCAGAUGAGCCUGACCCCACAGAGAUGGUCAGGCAGAGGUCUGCUGGGAUGCAACAUUGUUCCAAUCCAUCGAUGAACGCGCUCAUCACUCACUUUCCCCGUGAGACCAUGGAUGGUUUCAAACACACUUUGUACAUACUGCUCACACACACACACACACACACACACACACACACACACACACACACACACACACACACACACACACACACACAGCUACUGAAUAAAAAAUCAUUCCUUUA